UAAGAAGUUAAUGGUCGAAGUCUGUUACUAAAGUUUACUUUAUAGAAUUUUGAGGCUGAAAUCACUUACUUCAGUAAUGGUACAAUUACGUUCAACCCAAAUUCUCAUCUUUAUCAUGAUUUGUGUUCUGAUCACAUCUCAUCUUGGAGUAAAUUCACAAAUGGCUGCUUAUUAUGCAGAUGAUUAUCCAGAAUCCAACAUUUUGGAAAGAAUAUAUCCAGCAUUCGUUUCUCGUUAUGGUGCACAAAAUAAACGUGGUGGAAUGUAUGGUGGACUGCUAGGAAAACGUUUCUAUAACUCAUAAUUAAUAUAAUUUUGAUUUUAUAUUUGUUUCACAAUAAUUUGGAUUAUUUGAAAUAGUUUAAAAUUGUGUUCAAAAUAAAAAAAUUAUUCUGUGACAA